GUCUCUGCUCAGAAGUCCCCACAGACACUCUUCUGGAGACACCCCUGGAUUCACCUCCAGCCCUGCUGUGAAAACCAUGAAGCCGUCCCAACUGGUCCUCGCUGCUCUCCUGUUGGCAGCCCUUUGUGCCCCUGCUCUGAGCCAAAAUUCCAAUUUGCCAUCGGAGUGUUGUUUCAAUUACUAUCCAAAACGGAUUUUUAAACGCCUCGUAGUGAAAUAUGAGCUCACUCGAAAAGAUUGCUCCAAAAAGGGUGUGAUCUUUACCUCGAUGAAAGGAUUUCGGAUCUGUGCCGAUCCCAGAAUUGACUGGGUUAAACAAGUUAUCAGUUAUUUGGAUGAAAAACUUCUUAAGUAAUGUUUGAUGAAAGUGUUGGGAGAUGUAAGAUCUCUUCAUUGUCAUCCUGUGUUUCUUCCUUUUGUUGGAAAUGCUGACACGGUGUUACAUAUUUCAUCAUGUUCCUCAUGCAUCAUGCAUCUAUUCCUGCUAGAAAUUUAGAUUUAGCAUAAUUUUAAAAAGUAUUUUCUCUAUCCUUUUUUAUACUGCACAUAUUUAGAAGCCAGGCCUUUUAGCCUUAUUUCUCUGAAAAAUAUAAUGGCAUUUCAUUAGCAUUAAACAUUUAUAUGUAUAUAUUUACGCAGUAUACUUAGCUCAGGGACUGAAGCAUUUCUAGUUAGGUGGAAAUGAUAAAUUCACACUUCUGUGAGGAGAACAUUGGUUCAUGAAACAAAAUGUUGGCAAAGAAAGAAUGCUUUGUUCAAACAAUACAUGUAACAUACAAAUACUAUACUUUCUGUGCUUGAAACCUACUGAUUUUGUUGUUAAAACUAAUAUACUCCUUUAUGUUUCCUAUUCAUAUGUACUGUAAGAGUAGUUGUCUUCUACUCUUAGCAAAUACAUCUUUUCUAGUUGUCCCCCUGGUUAACUCUUGACCCUCUCGAUAUGUACAUUAUGUGAAGCACACAGUGGUGUAAGUGAUGCAGUGUGUCACUAUUAGUCUGUAGCAUGUUCUCUUAUAUGCUACUCAAAUAACAUGGUCAGGUUUUAUUUUUAAUUUGUGUAAUCAUUUGAACAUUGCUAUAAAAAUUCAAGCUUUUAAGAAAGCACUUUAUUUUAUCCUUUUAAUCUGUCUGACUCAGAUGGCACUUGGCACUUGCUGUAGCAAGCUUGUAUGGAAAAUAUACCAAUAACCUCUUAAAAAUGUUUUGAUAAUACUGUAUGUCAAUGCAUUUGUCUCUGUUGUGUCAUAAUCAAUAUGAAAAAAGGAACUGUGACAAUGUAUAAUUUUAAAAAUUAAAGAAAAUUGUCCAGAGCA